CCAAAAUUUAGAGGACUAAAUCUGCCUUGAACCCUAUCUAAAGCUCUCCGCAGUAAGCCCUAGUUUUGCCCUGCACUCUCGGCGCCACUAUAGAACUCGCAGGGAAGCUGAAGUUGCCGCCGACCCGGGUCUAAUCUCUCUCUGCUCAGUUCUUGCCUUGUGUUUUAUCGAGCCACGAUGUAUCUUCAGUUCUACAUAAACGAUAAUGGGGACAAAGUGUACACCACCAAGAAAGAAUCACCCUUGGGUCUCCCUACACAAUCUGCACAUCCGGCUCGCUUCUCGCCUGAUGACAAGUACUCAAGGCAAAGAGUUCUUCUAAAGAAGCGAUUUGGAUUGUUGCCGACCCAACACCCUCCUCCGAAAUACUAAAUUUGGGUUGCAUAGGUGUUCUUUUCUUGUGAAACUAAGAUCCUUGCCCGUGUAACAGAUUUGGUUUUCUAGUACCAUGUGUGUCCGCAAGUGUGUCCCUGUUACACAUUCCUUCGACCAGUACUUAGCAAAACUCGAGUCCGUCGCAUGACCAUCUAAUGCCGUGCUUUAAUGGGACACACAAACAUCUGGGGUGAUGUUCUUGUGACCUGGAACGGAUGUUCUGUAUCGCGUGAGGUUCAUUGUGUUUCCGCA